AUGGCGACUACUGCUAUGGACUACGAGAACGCCAACGGCGAUCGCUUCGAUGAGGACGCCCCUCGCUACGACCGCGACCGUAGUGCGUCGCCGCGUCGCGAUGACGGCCACGAUUCUUCGCGUCGUCGCUCCAUGUCUCCCAACGGCAACGACCGUGCUCCUGCCAAGGACGAGGGUCAGUCCAAGGGAGGUGAGGAGGAUGGUGCUCGCAACCCUGGCUCCAACCUCUUCGUCACCGGCAUCCAUCCCAGACUGGAGGAGGCCGAGGUUACUCGUCUCUUCGAGAAGUACGGCGAGGUCGAGAAGUGCCAGAUCAUGAAGGAUCCUCACACUGGCGAGUCCCGUGGCUUCGGUUUCGUCAAGAUGGUGACUCCUGAGCAGGCCCAAGCUGCCAAGGACGGCCUGCAGGGUGAGGUUAUCGAGGGCAGAACCCUCAGCAUCGAGAUGGCUCGUCGUGCUCGUCCCCGCACUCCCACGCCCGGCAAGUACUUCGGUCCUCCCAAGAGAGGCGAAGGCCGCUUUGAUGAGCGCGGCGGCCGCGGCGGUGGCGGCCGUUUCGGCGGCGGAUACGGCGGCGGUCGUGAUGACUCGUACCGCGGUUACCGUGGUGGUGGUUACCGUGAUGACCGUGGCUACGACCGUGGCUACGACAGAGGUUAUGACCGCAGCGCCGGUUAUGGCGGCGGUGACCGUGGCUAUGAUCGCAGCAGCUACCGUGAGGAUCGUGGCUACGACCGCAGCUACCGUGGUGAGGACCGCGGCUACGAUCGUCGUGAGCGUGGUGGCGCUGAUGAGGCCUACGGCCGCGGUGGCGACCGUUACCGUGAUGACCGUGGCGGCGAGCGCUAUGGUGGCAGCGGCCGCGGUGGUCCUGAGGAGCGUCGUGCUCCUGGUUAUGACCGUGAUCGCGGCUACGACCGUCCCAGCGAUCGUGAGGCCCGUCCUCCUCGUGACGCUGCCCCUGGCACUAGCAGCUACGGCGAGCCGGCUCCUCGUGAGGCUCGCGAGCCCUACGGUACAUAUUCGAACAUCUGA